CCUAGAUUGUUAUUUGAUUUCGAAUUACGAAGUGAAAUCCAGAGUAGAAUAUUCGGCUAUCUCGAUGAUGUUCGCGGCGUUUGUAAUUGAAUCGCCUCCGUCUCACAUUUCUGUGGUUGGAUUCCUGAACGGAGCCCUUAACUUUCUCAAGCGCGAUAUUUCUCGGAUGUUCGCCGUCUUUAACGGCCUACCUAACGUUGAUGCAGUGGCGAGGCCCAACGAGGAUGAGGAUUCAUUACAGCCUGCUAUUAAAAGUUUGAUGAAAACUGACGACCAUUGCGAGUUGAGAUUCUCGGAUUGUUUUUCAGAAAAGCGUAAUUUUGAUGGCGAAGGAGAUCCGCAGGCUGUUUUCAACGUGUUGGACGCUCUUGUCAGGGGUAGUUUGGAUCGUUUGAAGGCCAUGAGGUGAUUUUUGCUUUUCUUUAAUUAUAUAUGCUUUCACUCUUGUAGUUCGAAAUCUCAAUACAUUAUCAUCUCUUCAUCAACGUGGACGUGCAUAGAUGAAAGUCAUCCUGCUUAUUUA